AUGGAAUCCUACGUGAUGAGAAGAUUAGGCGAAAUAUCGCCGACGCAACGCCAGGUGGACGCGCCCCGCCGCGCCGCACGCGAUAACUCGGCUCAGUGUGCCGCCGUCUCUGCUGCGGGUAGGACGUCUUUCGAGCGAGUGCUCUACGCUCCCGAGGGCCGAACUCGCGUAAGACCUCGGAACUGGGCCGAUCAGUCCCUUACGGUCUGUCAGCACAUCACAGUGAUCGCAAUAGCGAUGGAACGGAAACAA